AUAAAAGAUCAAUUAAUCUAUCCAAUGAACCUUCCGCUCUUUUGUAACAAACGGUAGCGGCUAUAGUUAUCCGUUUAAUGAGCCCAAUAAGAUAUCACCUUGAUGAGCCUGAAUAGUUAAUAUGAGAUAUCGCUACAAUGCACCCUAGCCCGCAUCUGUUGAUUUGAAUCUUCUUCAAGAAUGUGGAAUACCUUAGUAAAGUCUGUGCUGAGCUGUAAGAAUACUUGAAGAUAUAGCCAUACACACCCACGAAAGGACACACCAUGACGCAUUGUGAAUGAGCCAUUGGCAUCGAGGACGAAAUUUGAACUGGAAUAGGGGAAUAGGGAAUGGAAUUCAAAUUUGAAUUUCAUUACAGGUGCCUCUGAAUUGAAAAUGAACAUCAGUGUAUUCAGGUGAAAAAUAAAAUCACUGCUUUUGUAAAAUAUUCAUGUACCCGACGCGCGAAACUGAUCUAAAGUCACUUCUUGCCAAAGGCCAGGACAUCGAAAGGGAUGAACUCAAAGUCAUUCUUGCCGUAUGGAUGUCGUCUUGUCUCUGCAUGGCUCGUCACGGUAGCCAGUAUCUCGAUGAGUAUUACCUAUCUCAACUCAAUACCAAGUUAUCAACACAAGUCUAGAGUAUAUUUAUUUACAGACAGAAAGUUUGUUGAAAAAGCUGAGAAAAUAUCGGUUUACAGUAGAAAGGAAUAUGUUCCUUGUCCAGCUCAGGGGGAGUGCGAUACCAGUCUACUUCCUGCUCGUGGAGAAUUUCAGAAUGGAGAAUUUGAUAUAGAAAAGGGGAUACCUCCUAUGAAAGAGUUGUACGAGAGAUUUAAAGUUGUGACGGCCGUAUCUCAGAACCAUUUUGAAGAGGUUAAACCAUGGAUUGCUAGUAUUCAACGGUUUAUGCCAGGUCAAGAAAUCAUCCUCUAUAACUUGGGACUAAAUACGACAUCUCUGGAGACGGUCAAAAAUCUUUGUGAUGUUCAGGUGCGAACAUUUCCUUUCAAGUCGUAUCCAAAACAUGUCAAGAAUCUACAUACGUACGCAUGGAAACCAAUUAUCAUUGACAUAACUCUUCGAGAGUUUGGCGCCAUUUUCUGGGGAGAUUCAUCCAUCCGGCUCAAAGGCUCCUUGCGGAAACUUCUACCAGUCUCACUGAAUCACCACGGAUACAUGACACACUUUCACGCGUUUGAUCCCAAGAAAAAAGAAGAGAUCAAACAUCAGUACUUCUACACCCAUCCUCAACUCUACGAUAACCUCGGUGUUAAUAGAACCGAGUACUAUCAUUCAGAUGGCAUGGCGCCACACGCUGCGGCAAAUCGUCAACUCUACGUUAACAGUUCUUACAUCCAACAAGCUAUCGUCCAACCGAUGCUGAAAUGUGCCUUGGAAUAUCGCUGCAUCUCGCCGGUUGGUGCCCGGUUGCCCAAGCACCGUUUUGAUGCAUCGAUUCUCGCUAUUUUAAUUUACAAGAAUCUCAAAGGAGAGUGGAAAAGAACGAAUAAUGACAAUCGUUACUUUGACGAGGUGGUGUAUCUUCGAAAGAAUACUUUGGGAAAAGAGAAAGUUAAAACGUGCUUGUGGUAAGGCCU